UGAUUUGUGGUAUAAACAUGCAGACACCUUACCACUCGAAUGUUGAAGAUACGUCGGGUGGCUCUAAUGUUGCAGAUUUGCAUGGUUCUCAUUUUCCGUUGAUCCACCGGGAUGGGAAGGGGUUUGCAGACCAUUCUAUACAUGGGUUAAUUGUAGAAAUGGCAUGGGAUUGUUUGGAUCAUGCUUGGCCUACAUAUAAGAGUAUCCCACGGGAGGUUGUGAAACAAUGGUUUGCGCGUUUUAUGACUCGUUAUCGGUGGAAUUCACAAGAAGAAGGUGGCAUCUUCGAUUGUUUUGAGAGUGUUUUGAAAGUGCGUUUUAGAGACAUAAUGGGGGCUUUUAAGAAAACAUCAUCAAGAAUGGCAAGAAAAGCAGGGCAUACUAUCCAUGAAAUUAAUGACUCAUAUCAGAUCCUCCAGAAUUUUGCUCCUCGUCCCAUACAUGAAGACGUGUGGAGGCGUUUGUGUGUUUAUUGGGACACAGAUGAAUGGAAGAAAAAAUCUCUUAUCGGGAAAAGGAACCGUAGCACUUCUGUUGAUUCUGGGGUGACAUCUACGUAUACAAGCAGCAACAUCGAAGUCAGCGAGACUCGUAAGCAGAUGAAAAAGUUGACGGAUAAAAACCCAGACUGGGUCGAUGUGUUUAUGAAGACACGUCUUACAACAGAGUCUAAGGCAAAGUAUUUUAAUGGAGAUGGUGAGGGAUUGCAAUAUAUCACUAGUACAGCGCAACAGGCAUAUAGGAGGCAUAUAGGAGAGACCUCGUCGAGAGGUAUGGAGACGAUCCGACUCAGCAAAGAACUAAUGAUCCUGAGUUGUGGGCCGCCACACAGAUGCAGAGGUAGGGAGGGAAAGGCAAAGGUCACAUAUAUGGGAUUGGAUCAUCUAAUCUUCAUUUUGUUGUAAGCGGUACAUAUUCUUUUGGGUCUACCUCGUCCUCGGCUGAACAAUCACAACAAGAGGUGCUAAGGUUGAGAAAGAAUUUGGAAAACAUACAAAUCGAGAUGCAAGCUAAAUUGGAUUUGCAAUUGAAAGAAAGAGAAGUUGAAAUGGAUGUACGAUUUCAAAUAAGACAACAUGAAAUGGAUGUGUGACACGCUCAAUUAGAAGAACAAGUUGCGGUCAUUUUGAGAAAGUUGAACCCAUCGGGUAAUUCGCCUAAUAGUUCCUAAUUUUAUGAAUGUUAAACAUUAGAAAUGUAUUAGACUAUAAACAACUCAUCCGGUAAUCCGCUAGAUAGUUUCUAGCUUUUUGUUAAUGUCAGUGACAUUUUAUU